GAGGGUGGAGGAGAGGGUCGAGGAAGGGGAGAAGAUGGGGGAGAGAAUGGAGGAGAUGGAAAGGGUGGAGGAGGAGGAGAGGAUGGGGCAGAGAGUGGAAGAAGAGGAGAGGGUGGGGGAGAGUGGAGAGGGACAACAGAAAGUGGAAAAUGUUGAGGAGGGGAAGACUGUGGAACAGAAAGAGGUAAUGGAGAAGAAGGAGGAAGUGAAGGAUGACCAAGAGAUGGAAGACGACAAGGAGUUAGAAGAUGAAGACAAGGAGAUGGAAAAACCUGUGAUCAAUUCUUUACUUCGACCCGAGAGUUCCAAUAGUAGCUUCGGUGAGACCUCUACUGCCAUGGAGGGACAAGAAUUUAUGGACCAGUUUCUGGAAAACCCUGAAGCCAAGCAAAAGUGUUUCCCUGAAGCAAUGUCUGAAUUUCUGCCUCCUUUCUCGGGACUAAUACACCUCAGCCUCGCAAAAAACAAGAUAGUGGAUGACGAGGAGCUGUUGGCUGUCUGUCUUUUCCCAGCACUGAGGAAACUGACCAUCUAUAAAAACCCAAUCACCCUCAGCACUGGAACAAAGCCCCAUCUGGUGAUCUCCAUGCUGAGGGACAGGCUAGGGAUUGACUUGAUCACCCAUGAGCCGCGGCCACAGGACAGGACACCUGUUUUCAAGGUCUUCAAUCCGAAGCGCAAGGUUAAUACCCACAUACCGAAGGUCCCAAGGCAGCCCCUGAUGCUUGAAACAGCCAAACAGCUCCUUGGCUUGGACAGUGCUGGCCCUGGAGAGACCCAGAGUGGGGAGGCAGAGCCCAGAACUGCAGGCAAGGCAGGUGAUACCUGCACAGAACUCAUGGCAGUGUCACAAGAGGACUGCAGGGAAAAGGGCAGUAUCCCUGAAUCGAUCACCAGAACUCCAGAGAGGCAACACCAGGAGCCUGUGGAAGGAUUCUUCAUGACCCAGGUUGAUGACAUCACGUUGAACAGCGAAGCUGAGGUGGGCCCGGGGAAAAAGCAGACCACAGAGCCCUCAGUGACAACUGAUCUCCCCGAGAAAUACAGAGGCUAUGAGGAGCUCCUGGGUGCUGCAACUGACCCCUACUUCGUGGAACCAGUUGGGAUUCAACAGAAUGUCCAGCAGCUGGAAUGGUACCUCCGGAAACUGCAGCCGUACCCGGACCCCUUUGGCCAUGUGAACCUCCAGCAGAGGUGCUACAUUCCCAAGCAGAGGAAGGUCCAGAAGCUUCCAGAAUCUACGUCCCACAAAAGCAAAGCCGAUAAAAUGGAGGAAAUCCUAAAGAGGAUGAAGGAGCAGAGAGCCAUGAUGGUCGUUCCAUUAGGCCCUCAAUUCCCUAACCUUUCAAUAACUUACCUGAAAGUUCAAGUCCAGAGAUUGAAAGGUCGAGACUGCAAGUCUGGGCAGGGGACUGGAGGUUGGAGGUCUAACAUCUGGAGGCCCAGAGAUGACCUGUCCUGGAGCGAAGCUCAUGUCCUGCGGGGUAAGGGUGUCACCAGGCAGGAGUACGAUGAGGCCGUGGCUCUACUGAGGGACCUACAGCUGAAGUACGUGGAGCUGCGUGGGCGACUGGCGGCCAAUGUGAACAGGCUGUAUGAGCAGUGCAAAGACCUCAGGAGUGAGCGACCAGAACAGGACACGCUGAGUGCCAGCUCUAGUAGGAUGGAUUUCUGAAGGGCUAUAUUAAUGGUUCCUACCAUCUGUCCUUCCCAGACCCUCCGCUACCAACUGAUUGCUUUUAUAAUCCAUAAAUGUGUGAAGACAAACACAUUUCUUUAAACUCCAGUUACUUGAGAAAUUGAUUUCAUUCUCCCUGGAGGUCCCAUACUAACUGGAGUACAAGCAACCAAACUGCUGAUGUGGAGAAGAUUCAUGGAAAGAAAGCUUAAUGACAAACUUAAUUUGGCUUCAGUUUUCUAAUUUCCUUUUUCAUAGUUCUGCUGUGUUUUAGGGCAAUUUUCAAUGAGCAAGCUAAACUCGGGAUUGGUUUCAGGGAGAUUAUGUUUAUCAGAUUCUUAUGCUUUUAAUCCAAGGUUCGCAUUGGAUGUGUUACAACACUUGCGGGCCGCCCGAAGCACAUCCUCAGACUGUGUUGGUUAUUAACACAAACAACAUAUUUCACUGUAAUUUUGAUCUAAAUAUCACAAAUAAAACUAAUCUUUAAGAAUAUUUAAUCUUUAAGGCAUUGCUGGGAAUGCUACCUUGUGGACAAAAUGAUAAACUUAGCUCACUUCAGCCUUUGGAUUAUGGAAUAGAUGGCUUUGUGGCUAAGUUUGCUGAUGAUACAAAGAUAGGUGGAGGGGCCAGUAGAGCUGAGGAAACAAGUCUGCAGAGAGACUUGGAUAGAUUGGGAGAAUGGACAAAGAAGUGGCAAAUGAAAUACAAUGUCAGAAAGUGUACGGUCAUGCACUUUGGUAAAAGAAAUAAAUGGGCAGACUAUUAUAUAAAUGGAGACAGAAUUCAAAGUUCUAAGAUGCAGUGGGACUUGGGAGUCCUCGUGCAGGAUACCUUGAAGGUUAACCUCCAGUGGUGAAGAAGGUGAAUGCAAUGUUGGCAUUCAUUUCUAGAGGAUUAGAGUAUAGGAGCAGGAAUGUGAUGUUGAGGCUCUAUAAGGCACUGGUAAGACCUCACUUGGAGUACUGUGCGCAGUUAUGGGCUCCUAAUUUAAGAAAGGAUGUGCUGACAUUGGAGAGGGUUCAAAGAAGAUUCACUCGAAUGAUUCCGGGAAUGAGAGUUAACAUAUGAGGAACAUUUGACUGCUCUUGGACUGUACUCCUUGGAGUUUAGAAGAAUGAGGGGGGACCUCAUAGAAACAUUUUGAAUGUCGAAAGGCAUGGACAGAGUGGAUGUGGCAAAGUUGUUUCCCAUGGCGAGGGAGUCUAGUAUGAGAGGGUAUGACUUAAGUAUCGAAGGGCACCCAUUCAGAACAGAGAUGCAAAGAAAUUUUUUUAGCCAGAGGGUGGUGAAUCUGGAAUUAGUUGUUACAGGUGGCAGUGGAGGUCAAGUCGUUGGGUGUAUUUAAGGCAGAGAUUGAUAAGUAUCUGAGUAGCCAGGGCAUCAAAGGUUAUGCUGAGAAGGCAGGGGAAUGGGACUAAAUGGGAGAAUGGAUCAGCUCAUCAUAAAAUGGCAGAGCAGACUCAAUGCGCCGAAUGGCUGACUUCUGCUUCUUUGUCUUAUGGUCUUAUUUAAAGUGCAGGUGGUUGAGUUCUUGAUUAACUAAGGUAUUAAAGGUUACAGGUAGAAGGCUGGAGAAUGGAGUUGAGAGGGAAAAUAAAUCAGUCAUAAUGGAAUGGCCUAAUUCUGCCCCCAUAUCUUAUGGUCACUGUGCAGCAGCUAAACAGGGCUGGGCUGACUCUCCGGAUCUUAGUUAGUAAUAACAACAACUUGUUUACUUAUAGAGCACCUUUCAUAUAUAUGAUGUAGUACAAAGUGCUUUACAAUGGGAUAAAGUGCAAACAUGAAAUUAAAAGACAAAUUUAUGUUAGUUAAAAGCAAGGUUGAAAGGUUUUGAGCUGGUGUUUAAAAGUGUCAAUUGAGUCUGUAUCCCUUAGUUUUAGGUACUAAAUUCCACAAUUUAGGAGUGUAGUUCAAAAAAGCUGACCUGCCAAUUGUAUUUUGAGGGAGAUUGUUUAAAUUUAAGGGACCCAUAAAGAAGAUGUGCAAGCUCGAGCAGGAUUAUAAACGAAAAUGAUUCUAUGAUACUCCAGUACCAGGCUAUUAGGAACUUUAAAAACAGACGUGAUGCAGAUACUAUAUUAACACAACACGUGAGCAAUGUGCAAUUCUGAGGCAGUGCAGAUGGGGGAUGUUCCCACUCAUAUUGCUAAACUCCAACAACAGCACCACCACCCAUUCCCCGGUUCCCCUACUGGUAGCUGUGCCUCCAGACCUUCUUACAUUUCUCAAGCACUUGUCAGAACUCAGAACUUGAUUUUAAAAAACUUCCAAGACUUUUAAAGUGCAGUUACUUUAUGUAGGCAAUGCAAUAGUCCUUCACAGCAGAAUAAUAGAGGUGUACAAGGUGAUAAGAGGCAUCGAUCAAGUGGACAUCCAGAGACCUUUUUUCAGCGCAGAAAUGGCUAAUUCAAGAAGGCAUCAUUUUAAGGUGAUAGAAGGAAAGUGCGUUGGGGGGGGGGGGGAGUGGAUGUUAAAGGUAGGUUUUUUUUUUACACAGAGUGGUGGAUGUGUGGAAUAUGCUGCUAAGGAUGAUGGUAGAGGAAGAUACAUUAGGGACAUUUAAGAAACUCUGAGAUAGGCCAAUGGAUGAUAGAAACAUAGCUUAUGUGGGAGGGAAGGGUUAGAUUUAUCUUGGAGUAGGUUAAAUAUUGAAGGAGCGACUCUGUUCUAUGUUACAGGGAACUGCCUAAGAAUAGAACAGUUGGGGCUACCUCCAGAAAACAAUGCAAGUUCUAAUAAAGAUUCAAUUAAUCAAAAUUGGGGGUUAAAAAGGAUUCUCAGCAGGAGCUCCCUAAUCACUUGAAAACAGAUUCCAUUUGGUACAUUUAGUAACUCAUUCCAAAGAUACGUACUGCUUGGAAUUUGAGACAAAUUAUGAACUUCUGACUGGGUGAGGGAGCGCUACCCACUUCAUCUUCAAAGUGCCUAUGCCAAUUCCAGUCCAGAUUUUGCCAUUCAUAUCACUCAAAUAGUGGUGAUAAAAUUGUGAUGUUAAAAUAAUCAGUCGAAGCAUUGGAGAACGGAAAAAGAAGUGGCAGGAAUAGACAAUUUUCUAAAUGGGCAGAAAAUGCAAAAACCAGAGGUGCAAAGGUUCUGCUCCUAUGCCUAUGGUCAAACACCUAUACAGUAAUGGGGGUUUAGAAGAAUGGGGGGGGGGGGAUCUCAUUGAAACCUAUCGAAUAUUGAAAGGUCUAGAUAGAGAGGAUGUUUCGUGUAGUGGGGAGUCUAGGACCAGAGGGCACAGCCUCAGAAUACAAGGGCAUCCCUUUACAACAGAGAUAAGGAGGAAUUUCUUAAAAGAGUGGUGAAUCUGUGUAAUUCAUUGCUACAGAAGGCUGUGGACGCCAAAUCAUUGGGUAUGUUUAAAAUGGAGAAUGAUAGGUUCUUGAUUAGUCCAGGUGUCAAAGAUAACAGGUAAAAGGCAGGAGAUUGGGGUUGAAAGGGAUAAUAAAUCAGUCAUGAUAGAACGGAAGAGCAGACUUGAUGUACCUGAAUGGCCUAAUUCUACCUCUGUGUCUUAUGGACUGCAUCCAGGACCCAGGAUCACUGUGAUUCUAGCUGGUGGACUGGAGUAGUGUUUCAAGCACUACUCUCUGGCCAUCUUGUAAUUGUGCACCAAAAUGUCAGUUUAUCAUACACUGGAAAAGUUCUGUUACAACAGAGCCACCAUGAUCUUGUGUUGUAAUUACUUGCCAAGGACACACUCUUUGUCCAUCUGGGUAUUACUGUAGCGCUGUCUGACAGUUAACCUCCAGGCAUCACUACAUCAACCCAGACACAGAAUGGGAAGUGAGGGUAGAGGUCUCAUUUGUUAUCAUAACAACAGGUAAAUCAGAAAGUCCAGAACAAAGUAUCUCUUUAUACACAAUACCUUAAACUAACUCAGUUUUGGCAACAUAUCUUAGCAUAAAAUUCCAUCUGUGCAGUUGUCAGUUCUGUGCCCGAGGUUUUGCUUUCCUGAAAAUUCUUACAUACUCUAUUGCUUAACAUUUUUUUACUUAAAUCUUUGGCAAAUAUUUUUCCUUUAAAGAAUUAAAAUGGGGUUGGAGGAUUCAAGUGCUCUACUAGGUUUAGUAUAAAGUGAAUUAAUAAAAUAUUCUCUGGUUUCAUUUGUCCCAUACUGCUUUCAGACAAAAAGUCUUAACGUCUUCCCCAAUGUUAGAAAAAAAUUAGCGCUUCUCCGCAAUUUCCAAUCCAGUGUAGAAGCCAAUACAGGAAACACAUAGCUUAAAGUGCCAGAAUUUAAAUGAAGACCCCACAAGUACCAGGUAUAAACAAGAAAACAAAAGAUUCUGCAGAUGCUAGAAAUCUGGAGCAACACACAUAAAAUGCUGGAGAAACACAGCAGGUCAAGCAGAAUCUAUGGAGAGAAAUAAAGACCUGACAUAUUGGGCCCCCUUCAUUGGGUAUCAGUAUUGAGGUGCCACUGUAGCAUAAUGGUUAAUGUGAUGUUAUUACAACUUGGGUCAUCAGAGUUCAAUUCUAGCGUCCUCUGUAAGCAAGUUUGUAUGUUCCUUCCCCUUUGUGUGCAGGCUUACCCCCGGGUGCUCUGGUUUCCUCCCACAGUCCAUAACAUACUGGUUAGUAGAUUAACUGCUCAAUGUAAACUGUCCUGUGAUUAGUCUAAGGUUAAAUCAGUGUGGCUCAAAGGGUCAGAAGGGCCUGUUCCAUGCUGUAACUCUAAAGAAAAUAAACAAGACGUGUACACCUGAGGCAGUUGAAUGCAUGACAGAGACAGAAAGUGGUAGUUUUUGCAUGGAAAGUUCCAUGAAAUCUCACUGAAGUAAUUAAUGUACUAAUAAUGUUCCUAGCCACCUGCUGAUCAACACCCACUACCCCAUUAUACCAGUCAGCACAGCGGGUGUAAGUGCGGGGGAUCUGGGUUCCUCUCCUUUCUUGGCUUCCUGAGGCACUCAGCUCAGUGCUUCCCCUUGUUCUAGGAUCAAAGACCGAUGGAGCCUGCCACCUAGCGAUUAAAGCUGCUGUGUCAGUCUCCCACACCAGAACAGCCUACAUUCAGGCUGACCGAUCAGCGAUGGUGCUGGAAUUGAUGAAAGAGACGUUCACUUUGCACUGGUCAGCAGAACAAUGGAACAUCUGUCCCAACAGAGAGAAAUGGGCACUACUCUGAAAUCCUGUCCGAGCUGGUCCCUGGCACAUGGCUUCAGGACUGGUACUGGAAGAGAGGCAAGUAUUCUACCUUGCAAAAUCAUUUGAUUAUUCCAACCAGUCCACUGUACAAGUCAAGAUUCUGAACUGGUCAAGAUGGCGAGAACAGGGAGUCUUACAGUCCCCUGCUCAUCAGGCAUGAGCUGGAAUUGAGUACUGGUGAAACUGAAGCAAUAAAUAAGAUGGCACUUAGUACAGCAGGUAGUGCCACUGUCUCUCAGCACCAGAGACUCCAGUUCAGUCCUGACCUCGGGCAUCGUCGGUGUGGAGUUUGCACAUUCUCUGUAUCUGGUAUGGAGGGGACACUGCACAGGAUCAGAAAAAGCUGCAAAGUUGUAAACUCAGCCAGCUCCAUCAUAGGUACUUUGCCUCCCCAGCAUCAAGGUCAUCUUCAAAAGGCAAUGCAUCAAAAAGGCGGCAUCCAUCAUUAAGGACCCCUAUCACCCAGGAUAUGCCCUCUUCUCAUUGCUACCAUCAAGGAGGAGGUACAGGAGUUUGAAGGCACACACUCAACCUUUAGGAACAGUUUCUUCCCCCUGAAUGGACAAUGAAUCCAUGUUUUUGCUCUUUUUGCACAACUUAUUUAAUUCAAUUUAUAUAUUUCUUUUUUGUAAUUUAUAUUUUUAAAUUACAUACUGCAAUGUACUAGUGCUGCAAAACAACAAAUUUCACAAUAUAUGCCAGUAAAAUUAAAUCUGAUUCUGAUUGUGUGGGUUUCCCACUGGAUGCUUCUGUUUCCUCCCACAUUCAAUUUGCCCUCAUAUGAGGGGUACAGUCUGGGGGAAGCUGAUGGGAACAGAGGAGAAUGAAACAGAAUUAGCAUAAAUGGAUGAUGAUAGUCAGCUGGGCCUAAGGGCCUAUCCCCAUGCUGAUCUACGAUUAAAAUUGUGAUGUCCAAACACAGAGAUUAUAUUGUUGAUGG